AUGAAAGAUGCCGCAUACAGCGCAGUUGACGACGGCAGUGACUGCCAUGGGAGCAGCAGUCUCGACAAAGACGAAGCCAGACAAGUACUUCUUAGCAAGCCAUUUGAGGACCAUGUCACCCAUUCGAGUCUACGCAUGAGCCGAAAAUACCUAAUAUUCGGAUUUGUUUGUGUCGUCCUGCUCUUGUUGAAUACUGUGAUGCUUGUUUUCAACAUCUGGACAGCCGUGCCCCAUUCCCGCCGAGAAGGCUUCAUUGAAAAACCUAUAGACUACUGGUUGCCGGGUUUUGAAAGUGGAAUCGUCUACGAGAACCGACAAUUCUAUAGCGCCCAUUCCGAUUAUGCGGGUGUGGGACCGGAGGUAGAUGCCAAAUGGUACAACUUGACAAGAGGUGCAAUGGGCAUCAGUCGCCAGCAGCUGACAGCAUUGAAUAAUCAUCCUGAUGUUGCAGUACGAAUUGAAAAUGCUGGCCCUGAGCAAGAGUAUAUGGCGACCUUUGACGUUCUUCACCAAUUACACUGUGUUGAUCUCCUGCGAAAAGGAAUACACAUGGACUACUACAAAGACAGAGAUGAGCAUUUCGUGAAUCAAACAGAAGAGCGUAUAUUUUUUCACUUGGACCAUUGUGUUGAUAUUCUUCGUCAAACCCUGAUGUGCCACGAUGACCUCUCCUUAGUGACAUAUAACUGGGUCAAAGGCCUGGACGUGCCGUACCCAAAUUUCAACACAUACCAUACCUGCAAGAACUGGGACACGUUUCUUGCGUUGAACCAGAAGCUCGAUGUUAGUGCUAGGUGGGAAGACGGUAAGGUCGUCGAGGUAUACCCGAUUCCCCGAAAACCAGAGCAUGUCGAUGGGAUGUGGCCACCUCCCUGA